AUGGGCAACGCCGUGUUCCUCUGGUUCCUGCUCAUGCUCGCCUAUCACCUCAUGCCACAUCAGCAGAUCCAGGCGAUUCAGGACGCGCUCGUGGGGCUCCCCGAGGUGGAGCCGCCCGGCGCGCGGCUGGCGGCGGAAGGCGUGAAGGCGAAGCACCCCGUGGUGUUCGUUCCAGGGAUAGUCACAGGCGGGUUGGAGCUGUGGGAGGGGCGGCCGUGUGCGGCGGACCUUUUCAGGAAGAGGCUGUGGGGGGGAACCUUUGGGGAUGCUUACAGAAGGCCCGGGUGUUGGAUGGAGCACAUGUUGCUGGACAACGAGACAGGCCUGGACCCGCCAGGCAUCAGGGUGCGGCCGGUGUCAGGGCUGGUGGCAGCGGACUACUUCCUGCCGGGCUACUUUGUGUGGGCCGUCAUCAUCGAGCAGCUGGCCAAGAUCGGCUACGAGGAGCGGAACAUGUUCAUGGCCGCCUAUGACUGGCGCCUGUCGCCACGCCAUCUUCCCCCCCGUCACAUCUCCCACCUCCGGCAGCAACAGUGCCUCACACCUCACGCCAUAUCCAUAGAGCCCCCUCACAUCUUGUCAGACCAUCCCUCUUUGCUAUCUCUCACCAACGGCGGCAGGAAGGCCGUGGUGGUGCCUCACUCCAUGGGGGUGCUCUAUCUCCUCUUCUUCUCCUACUACCUCAUGUCCCGCGUCCCCUCCCCUCCUUACGUACUCUCCCUUCAUCUGCAGACCAACGAGGGCAGGAAAGCCGUGGUGGUGCCGCACUCCAUGGGGGUGCUCUAUUUCCUCUUCUUCAUGAAAUGGGUCGAAGCACCAGCCCCAUUGGGAGGAGGUGGGGGUCCGCGGUGGGUGCACGAUCACAUUCGAGCCGUCUUCAACAUUGGAGGGCCUCUCUUAGGAGCGCCCAAGGCGUUCACUGGGCUCUUUUCGGCAGAAGCCAAGGACGUGGCUGCUCUCAGGGCGCUAGACCCGGGGGUGUUUGGGAGCCUGCAGGCGCUGCAGCAUGUGAUGCGGGUGUCGCGCACAUGGGAUGCCACCAUGAGCAUGCUGCCCAAGGGGGGCGAGGCCGUGUGGGGCAACGCCACGUGGGCUCCCGAGGACUCCUUCAACUGCUCCAAGGCCCGCGCCAAACAGCUGCAGCUGCAGCAGCAGCAGGCGGGGGAGAAUGGGGGGAAUAGCUCCAAGGCAGGGGGGGAUGGGAGGGCGCGAGGGGCGGGCAAGGGGCUGGGCGUGGAGGGGUUUUUACGCACUCUGAUGGCGGAAGGGGCGUCAUCCUCCGCAUCCUCAGCCUCGCGUUCCUCCUCCUCUGCUUCCUCUGCUGCUUCCGCGUCUGCUACCGCUGCUCACUCCGAGGGGUCUGGCGAUGGCGGGCGGAAUGCCAGUGAGGGUGAGGGAGAGGGUGAGGGGGAUGAGGCGAAGGCAUCUACGAGGAGCUAUGACCUGGAGACAAGCGAGCGGCGGGCGUGGUUUGGGCGCAUGGUGUCAUUCGGAGAAGCAUCAGCCACACUCUCAGAAUCCCUGGUGUGCCCCUCAGGCGCCAAGGCAGCAGCCCGGGCAGCAGCAGCCACGUGCCCUGCCGCCUCCACGUGCCCAGCCACGUGGGGCGGGAAGCAGUACGUGCUCUCCGACCCCUGUAGCUGUGCCAUGCGGGAUUUGCUGCCCGAGGCCGAUGACGAGUACAUUGACGAGACUGCUUAUAAAGGGACAGAGGGGAGGGGAGGGGCGGAGGGGAAGGGAAGAGCGAGUGCUGGAGGGGAGAAGGGGGAGAAUGGAGAAAAGGACGAGUCAGAAGGGAAGGAAGGGAAAGAAGGGAAGGCUCCUGAGAGGGAGAGUCGGCGCAAGCAGUGGCAGCGGCAGCUGGAGGAGACAGUGUUUCAGCACCUGCAGUCGCGCAACAAGUCGUGCGGUGAGGUGUGGACGGAGUACCACGACAUGAGCUGGCACGCCCUCACUGACAUCGCCAACUGCCCCUUCUACACCGCGGGGGACGAGAGCGACGGGCCGUCUGGCGGCAUUCUGGGGCUGCUCAGGCAGGUGGCGCCUAAGACGAUGGCACGGGCGGAUGAGAACUGGAGCUAUGGGAUUGCUGAGGAUUUGAGUGAGAGGAAGUAUGCAGAGGAGCCCAAAUACUGGGCGAACCCCCUGGAGACCAGCCUGCCCGACGCCCCUGAGAUGGAGGUGUACUGCGCGUAUGGCACGGGGCUGCUGACAGAGAGGGCGUACGUGUACCGCCUCUCCCCCUCCAACGACACCUGCCUCAUCCCCUUCCGCAUCGACGCCUCCGCUAAUGGACCACCCGGCCAGGCGGGGGACUGUCUGACGGAGGGGGCAUACUUCACGGAUGGUGACGAGACGGCGCCAGUGCUCUCCAUGGGUCUGCCGUGUGCCAAGCUGUGGCGCGGCCGCACGCGCUUCAACCCCUCCGCGUCGCCCGCCUACCUUCGAGAGUACGAGCACCGUCCCACCUCGGGGCUUCUGGCGGGCAGGAGCACGCAGAGCGGCAGCCACGUGGACAUCAUGGGUAACUUUGCUCUCAUUGAGGAUAUUUUGCGGGUUGCCGCUGGUGCCACGGGGACGGAGAUUGGUGGGGAUCAGAUUUAUUCGGAUAUAUUGCACUGGGCCGAACGGGUUAGUAUAAAAUUGUAG